AGUCCCAGAGAGCACUCCUUUCCCGCCGAAUCAUUGAUUAGCGUUUCUUCCUUCAAUCAGUCAAACUUUAUUGACAAUGGAGUCUCUCUCUCCCUAUCUCUCGUGCUCUUCUCAAAAGAAGAGCCUGAACAGGAGCCCGCAUUUCUGCAGCAAAGUGUAGAAAAAUACCCUUUAACUCUUCGGAUGAACCGGCUUCUAGGGCUUUCCACUUUCCCUCCCUGUGUCUGCCACCAGCAUAAAGCCUCCAACCCUUCUCUUGUCUUCUCUUCUCUUCCUCGGUUUACACCCAAAGUUUCGCAAAGCACGCUCUUUGGAAUGUCCCACGGUGUGAACCGAGUCUGCUAUUUGUUGCUUUUCGUCAAAGGGUUCGGGGGGUUAUCCGUCAUUUGGUCCCUUCCUUAUUCCUUUCCUCUCUCCAGGCCACUAGCAAGUCCAAAUCCCCAUGGCAAUGAGAAGAAAAGGUGAGGUAUCCUAAGUGAAGUACAAGCCAAACAUCCUAGGAACAUUGAUGCUCAAAUGGGUGUUCUUCGGUCCACGUUUCUCUGCCUGAUUGUUAUGCAAACCUGCAAGCUUGUUGCCGCCUCUGACGCUGCUGGUGAAUGGAGGUCUGCUACGGCAACAUACUCCAAAGAGACGGAUGGAUCUUUAAUAACUGGAGGGGCUUGUGGUUAUGGGGACCUUCACAGGGCCACCUAUGGCAAGUACAGUGCCGGCUUAAGUGCGAUGCUGUUUAACAGAGGGAGUACCUGCGGGGCUUGCUUUGAGCUCCGGUGCGUCGACCACAUCCGGUGGUGCCUCCCCGGCAGUCCGCCGGUGAUCCUCACCGCCACCGACUUCUGUCCUCCGAACUACGGACUUUCGGCAGAUUACGGCGGGUGGUGCAACUUCCCGCAAGAGCACUUCGAGAUGUCGGAGGCGGCCUUCGCCGAGAUUGCGGAGCGAAGAGCUGAUAUGGUGCCUGUUCAGUACAGGAGGGUGAGCUGUGUGAGAAGCGGUGGUCUGAGAUUCACAUUGAGUGGAAACUCUCGCUUCUUUCAAGUCUUGGUAACGAAUGUAGGACUAGAUGGGGAGGCGAUUGCCGUGAAGGUGAAGGGAUCGAGAACAGGGUGGAUACCGAUGGCGAGAAACUGGGGCCAAAAUUGGCAAUGCAGCGUCGACCUUAGAGGACAGCCUCUCUCUUUCGAGGUGACCACCAGCGACAGAAGAACCCUCACAUCUUACAAUGUGGCUCCGCCGAGCUGGCAGUUCAGUCAGACAUUCGAAGGGAAACAGUUCUAACAUGGAAAACCAUGAAGAACGGGAAAGACAUACUGCCAGCAUUUCACGCCAAGCUUCAGGGCAAAGCAUUCAUAUUAGAAGCAGAUUUCUAUCAUGUCUUCUUUGUACCAUGAACAUAGUAGCAACCACAAGAGGGUAGCAAAGUUGCGUAAGACAGUUGAAUAGACCAUGAAUACAAGGACCCAGUUUUGUCUCAUUGUAUUGUGUUAAUGAUCAAAAGGCGGAUGCAUGCCUUCAUUGCCCAGCAAUGCAUUUACAUUGGGCAAUUGGAGUAA